UAAUAUUCAGGUCACAUGACAGUGGCAGCAGGAGCAGCACCAGCAUCUCAGCUCGGCUGAAAUAGCCGCUGGAGAAGGAGGGGAAGGACGGGGGGUUGAAGAGGACAGGAAAGAAAGAGAGAGGUAAAAGCGGAGGGUUGUAGCCCACCGCGCUGCGCCAGAGAGCUUAGGACCAGCGGGGGCAAAGCCGCCCCCUCGGGAGUGAGCACAGACAAAGGAAGCUUCAUGUUCAAAGUAGGCUUUUCCGGCUGGCAGCAGCUUUGAGAGAACUGGAAAAAGACACGGGGAGCCUGAGGGGAGGCUCUGUCAGCAGGAGAGCACAGGACCAGUGGAGAACAAAAACGAAGCAGCCAUGUCUGAGCUAGUGCCAGAGUCGCGACAAAAACCAGUUGUGCCAAUGAAACCCAUGGGCAUCAAUGCCAACUUACUGGGCUACAUUGGUAUCGAUACCAUCAUUGAGCAGAUGCGCAAGAAGACCAUGAAGACAGGCUUCGACUUCAACAUUAUGGUUGUAGGUCAGAGUGGGCUGGGAAAAUCGACGCUGGUGAACACCCUCUUCAAAUCCCAAGUGAGCCGCAAAUCUUCAGGCUGGAACCGGGAGGAGAAGAUCCCCAAGACAGUGGAGAUCAAAGCCAUUGGACAUGUUAUUGAAGAAGGUGGGGUCAAAAUGAAGCUGACAGUGAUUGACACCCCGGGAUUUGGAGACCAGAUCAACAAUGAGAACUGCUGGGAGCCUAUUGAGAAAUACAUCAACGAGCAAUAUGAAAAAUUUUUGAAAGAGGAGGUGAAUAUUGCAAGGAAGAAACGAAUUCCAGACACGCGAGUGCACUGCUGCCUCUACUUCAUCUCCCCCACGGGCCACUCCCUGCGGCCCUUGGACCUGGAGUUCAUGAAACAUCUCAGCAAGGUAGUGAACAUCAUCCCGGUUAUUGCCAAGGCUGACACCAUGACCUUGGAGGAGAAGACUGAAUUCAAACAAAGAGUGCGCAAAGAACUAGAAGUGAAUGGGAUCGAGUUUUACCCUCAGAAAGAAUUUGAUGAGGACUUGGAGGAUAAAACAGAAAACGACAAAAUCAGGCAGGAAAGCAUGCCCUUCGCAGUAGUGGGCAGUGACAAGGAGUACCAAGUGAAUGGCAAAAGAGUCCUGGGCAGGAAAACACCUUGGGGAAUCAUUGAAGUGGAAAACCUCACUCACUGUGAAUUUGCCCUGCUUCGAGAUUUUGUCAUUAGGACUCACCUUCAGGACCUGAAAGAAGUGACCCACAACAUCCACUAUGAGACCUAUAGGGCCAAGAGGCUGAAUGACAAUGGAGGGCUGCCCCCCAUGACCUCUGAAACAGAGGAAAACCAUGAAAGUAACCUGUGAAUGACACCCUUGACAUCACCUGGUGUCUCUGGAUAUGACAACCCACCCCUGCUAUCCCUGGCUCUACCAUGAGCCUGUUUCUGAAGCAUGUGGAGCAUCCUCUGUGUGAGAGGGUGUGUGUGUGUGUGUGUGUGUGUGUGUGUGUGUGUGUGUGUGUGCCUGCCUGUGUGCCAGAGAGGGACCCAAGGCAUCUUCUCUGCCCUUCCCAAACUGUCCUCAUUCUCGGUUUGUAUUUUGCACAGUGGACUGUCUGUCACCUUCCUUUCUCUUGUUGCUGUGUCUCAGCUGUGUGUAUUGUCUGGGGGGAUCGGGGUGGGGGAAUAACUUAUGAGGGCAAGAGGGCUUUGGAAGUGGGAGGUGUGGGGUAUGUUGGGGUCCUGUUUUAAUUCCUUGGGGAGGUGGCACAGAGAGGCUCCGGGGCAGACGGUGAAGCUCUUGGUGGGUAGGAAGAGAGCUGACUGCUCAGCAAGGAUGGUGGCCCAGGAUUUUAUAUCGAUUUUUUUUUUUUGCUGUGGCUUCCCAAAGUGAAAUGGCAGCUUGGAAGUGGAUAGAUGGGAGAAGUGACAGAUUGACAGAGUUUGUGGUUCAGGAAAAGUGAGUGGUAGAAUAAGACAGAUUGCAAUCAAUCUUAGAAACAUCAAAGUAUUUGGGGAAAGAGCCAUAUUUUCCAGAAUUAAAGAAUAAAAGAACACCAAGAUGCCUUC